AUGAACGACAUCUUCACCGUGAUCGUUGAUAAGCGUCUUAUUCAGGCUGUGGAGUAUGUAAAGCAUCGUGCUGGCAGUCGGCCGGAGGAGAUCUGGAAAAACGUGGCACGGUAUAUGAACGGACUUACUCCUGAACAAUGUAGCGAACGGUAUAAUUACCUAGUGACCGAGAAGCAGUAUGCACCACUUGACUAUCGUCCAAAGGUGCCUAUGCCCGACGAAGAGCUUCAAGUGACCAUCAUCGACGGGGACAAGAAGGAGACGAUGAGUAUUCCCAGGGCCUUGUUAGUCAAUAACAUGGCCUACUUCAGAAACAUCCUGGCUAACAAGGAAUCUACUGCGAUUGACCUGUCCAUUCAUUCGGAUAUUUGCAUUUUCAAGUGGCUCAUGGAGCACUGCUACCACCUAUACCAGCCCUCUGACUAUCCCCCUGUUUCACUGACAAUCAGAAUUGUCUUUCCGGUGUUAGUGUCAGCUCAUUUUCUUGGGAUGCCCAACCUAGUCAACGAUUGUAUUCUAUUUAUGCUCAAGGGAUCCAAUUUCACACAGAUUCUUUCGUUCAAUUAUAAUUUCUCCUGCAUGGAUACAGACUUGCUUAAGCGGUUCCUGGAACACGUCCCCCUGCCUAUCUUCAUUAGAUAUCUUGGAGCUAAUCAUAGCAAUUACCUCAUCACAAAGUUAGCAAACGCAUCCAGUCACUCGCUCCUGCACAAGUUCUCUGAUAAGAUUCUGUUCUGCGACCAGUGCGGACACUUUUGUCUUCAGGAGAUACUAGAUUCUUCAACUAUCUCUAAGCUCUACCCCAACAGUACUUUUCUCAAUUGCGUCAAUGGAUGCUCUAGGAUUGAUAGUAGGGGACGGAUGACUAGCAACCACAACUUUCGCGUUUGCAAGAAACUCAGCAAAACGAUUCAAAAGCACCUAGCCGACAUUAAGAUAUACCCUAAGUUGACCAGCGUGCACAUUUAUUGGGCCCUAUUUGGCCUAUUAUUCUGGUGUACAUGUGCCAAAUGCGAGCAGGUGUUUCCUCUUCAGGAUCUCUGUAAGUGUGAGGCAAGCGGCGGUCAGCACACCAAUCAUGAGAUUGACAAGGUUAUUGUUGCCCCAGCAGAUACGGAUCUUAGAUUAACCAUCAAAGAAGACCUGUUUGAUCUCAAUAAGAAUAUCUGGAACAAUCUCUCUAUUAAGUCUAAGCUUCUUAACAUUCUAGAUGUCCCCGUUAUUCAUAACAUGAUCACGCUAGGGCCUGCGUGUGGUAAUUUUUCAGCAGUUUCGGUAGCUAGGUCUGGGCAAGAAUCCAGCACUGCCCCACGAAAGAAAGCUAACAUUCCCAUUCACGCUGCUGUAUCAGAGGACUCUGUAUCAGAAGAGCAGACUCCAGCCGUUAAUUUACACACGCCAACACAAGCGAGACCCAGGCAGGAACUUUCAACAAGGAGUACUGUCGAUACCAAGACAAGAAGGUUAAGCUUUCAGUUGAGGGCACAAAAAGGAGCCGUACAGGAGCCUAAUGUUGUCAAACCUAGAGCUCAGCAGUCCGAGCCGCCCCUAAAGGCACCAGAUCCAGACCUAUCUUCUGACAGUCAAGAUUCCAAUGACUGCAGUGAGUUACAAACUCGAAUAUUUACCCAUACAGCAGACGAUGACGCAGUUGGGGUUAAAGGCAAGGCUACAGCAAAGGGGCUUCCCGAGAGAUGCAAGCGUUAUCUGAAGUUAAAAAGUAGCAUGACUGACGAGCAGCGCAAAACAGUCCUCAAUGGCAUUGCACACGAAGAAGAUGUUUCUAAACUGCGAGCACUGAAUUCAGUCUUGAUUACUGCCAGAGAAAAUGACAUAAUCAAAAAGGCCCGCUACGCCUUCGAGAGCAUUCCGUUUCCCACAUAUAAUCUCCAGUCACGCGGGAAGUGA